GUUCAGAACAUACAUGGAUUGAAAUAUUGAUCGAAGGUGCUUUGAAUCUGGUUCCUAACUAGGCAGGUCUCGAGCGUCAGGACUUGGGCGGAUUUUGCCGCGAGUGCUUGAGGGUGUUGGACGAAGGAAAACCUGGCAGGCUGCUCAUCUCAGGAGACGACGAACUCGUGCAUGUCUGGAUGCCCGAAUACAAACAUCCACUAUACUCAGGCUGGUAGCUACAAUCGCAGGUGGAGAGCAAGCCCACAGCGAGACGGCGAUACUGCCCUGAAGUCUCUCUGGCUGUCCAUGCUCUGGAGGGGUUGUCAGAUACUUAGGCAUUGUCACUGGGCCACCUUUGCUUCAAGAGCAUCCACUUCGUCACGCCAACUGCCGUUCGCUUCACUUCGCAAUCCUAAUACCCUUGUUACGCGAUGGACAGCCGCUGUUGCCUUCAAGAACCACUCGAAUGCUCGUCAUGUCAAAUCAAAUUCAAUAACGAAGGAUGUCAUCAGCAAGGCUCCAGAUUCUGCCACAGCUCGUCGCAAUUCUCAGAGAUCCAAGAGCGAAGCCAAUUACCGUGGCUCCAGGAAUCGCGAUAUUCGAGACGUACUAGUUCAGGUCGAAGCAUUAUUUUCUCUUUGGAAGUCGGGGAAUCUCAAAGAGGAUCAUUGUCGUGGCCCAAAUGCUUCUCUAUUGGAGAUUUUGAAAGACAGAGACAAAGUUCGAAAGCUUGUCGAACGACUGAUCCAGGCUCACGAACCCUUCAGCGCCUGUCGCAUUCUAUUGCUGGCUCAUCAUCUGGGAUGCAAACUCAAGACCAAUGUGUACGAAAUUGUGGCACAUUGUCUAGCGGGGUGCGGUCAGUGGACUGCCAUCCCGUUUCUCGUCAAGCUGCGCAAACGGCACACGGGAGCUCUGACCGUCCGAUUACUCAACUGGCGUACGAGAGCAUAUAUCGAAACGAACAACUUCCGUUGGUUGGAAACAGCGUUAGACGAUUUCGAGCAAGAAAAGCUACAGCCGACGCGCCGCACGUACCAUCUUCUCAUAUCCGGACACAUUCGCAAUCGCAACUUACCAAAGGCAAAGGAGUGUCUUACGAAGAUGGAACAAGCUGGAUUUCCCAUCGAUCCUUCGACUCAUGCUCUCAUCUUGUCUGUCUACCGAUCGCUAGGACCCGACAAGUCCGUGCAAGAUCGCGCCCUGGCAUCGCUGCCGCAGUUGGACGCCCAAGCAGGCACUGUCGUGCUCAACAGUUUGAUCCAGAUGUGUUUGGAUGCACGCGACCUCGAUGGUGCCUGGGGCUACCUCUCGAUGUUUGGACGGCCCUUGGCACAACUCGAGCUUCCCUCCAAAUUUGGGGCAGAUUCCACCCAGGCAGACGGAGACCUUUCCCAAGAUCAUGCUCGUCCAGAAAUACCCACCAACGGCGAUCUUCCAAAUACCAUUCUUGCACCCGAUAUAGUCACCUUCACGAUGCUCAUGAAUUACAUGGCCAAGGAACACGAUCUUCCUCGCGCCUUACUUAUGCUCGAACGUAUGCGAGACCUCAAAGUGGAACCGGACGGGCAGUUUGUCGCGGCUCUCAUCAGGAUGCAUAUCGCCGUUGGCGAUCUUGCCACAGCAACCAGCAUCGCAGCUAGCACAUGCAAGGAUAUAUCUGCAACACUUCCACGUUUUCAUGAUCUUGGUUUGCCCGUGACUGAUCGCGGUCCAUCUGAUCUACUCUUACACUCAGUUUCGCCCUCUACGCAUAUCUUCAACGCUCUGCUUCAGGGUAUCCAGGAGAAAUCCGGUUUGAAGGGGACCUGGAUCGUGCGCCGCAUCAUGCAAAUAGUCGGUAUCGAGCCGGACGCUUAUACCAUCGAGAUCAUUGUGGCGUACCUAUCCAAAACGGAGGGUGUGCGCCCUCGAGAGCUCAUUCGAGUCCUUCGGACGCUUUCCAGCUCUUUCGUCCCGACGUUACGACACGUUCACGUUAUCCUUAGCAGUGUCGUUCGGUCAGAGACGGAGUUAGUGAAAAGCAGGGGUUGGAGGCACAAACGCCAAUCCAAGUCCCGGCUGAAUGGUCGUCUCUCCACCGUGUCAGACGAGUUUGACCCAUUUGCUGGUAUCGAACUGCCACGACGACUUUCUUAUCGCGCUCUCAUUCGGCCUGUGUUGAAGAUUUUGUCCAAUCAGCGCGUUCGCAGCGAUAAAGCCACAGUCUCUAUUCGCCUUCGACAUGACGCUGUAGUCAAGGCGGACAUCGAAACCGCAAAGGAUACAUUUCAAACUCUGCUCGAUCGAGGCAUGCAUCCUAAUCAAUACCAUUACGCUGCUAUCAUGGAGGGUUUCGUGAAGGCUGGUCAGAUAGAAUCAGCGGAGGAGGUGCUCAUCAAGGCCAUCAACAGCGGACUCAUUCCAAACCCGGUGCUCUACACCAUUAUCAUUGUCGGCUACGCUCGUCGCGGCUCUCCGACGCAAGCAUCGCGGUGGUUCCGAGAUAUGGUGACUCGGGGUAUUCGCCCUGAUAUUGCGGUCAUUGAUGCCAUGGCUAGUGCUUACUUUACUGCGGGUGCAUAUGCCGUUGCACGAAAGGUACUGUUGGAGUGUUGGCACCACGUCGGACCUCUCCCAGAUGCGAUGCAUGAGGCUGGACUAAGACGUCUCGCUACUGAGUUCCGGGGGAUGGGAUCCAAACACAAUUAUUCUGGGGCUCUUAGGCACAAGGACAGGAGACGUCUGCGGGGGAAGUUGAGGAGAUUACUCCAAGAUUUCCUUCAAGGGCGCGUACCGGAGGCUACGCCUGGACAGCAAAAGGAGAAAGUUAAUUCAGCCGUUGUGAAUACCCCUUCACCAUAAUCACAAACAUUAGAUCAUCUCGGUGCUGUAUGUGAGAAUGUAAUAUGAUUAGGUCUAUUCCCUCUCCCGCUGGAUUUGCAAUGUUGGUGGGUUUCGAGAUGAGCGUUGUCUGCUGAGUUUACCAUCCUUUACCACACAUUCCUACAUUUAUACUGUAAAUUAGAAAUACAUAGUGAUUUGAACAGUUUCUAUCGUUUUCAUGGGGCUUGGUAUUUAGCAUCGAGUAAGCGUAAAGCCUCGCGGACACCGUCUGCUUGGACCUCGCGUACUCGCGACCGCCCACAUCUGACAAACACCUCUUGCGUUCCUGGGCCAGACAGUGGGUCACUCCCAUACUCCCUCUGCUUCUCAUGGUAACGAGCAUGAGGAUCCGUAAGCACGAUUGACUGACUAUCGUCAUCCAUUCGACUUGGCAAUGACGAGGGUAGAAGACUGGGUGAGAGCCCUCGCUCU